CGGCGAAGCCACUGCCAAACCCUACUUCAUCUCUCGCCUACGGAAAGCCAUGCUCGCACAUCCAGAUGGUCGGCGUAUCCUCCGCGAUCGUCCGCGCAUCACCAGCCAAACGAUCAGUCUAGAGAAAUUACGGACAUUUCCUGAAAACAGUGUGGGAAGAGCUUAUGCAGCUUGGCUAGAUCGCGAAGGUGUCACGCCGGAUACGAGGGAUCAGGUUCGGUAUAUCGACGACCCUGAGGAGGCGUACGUAAUGCAGAGAUAUAGAGAGACACAUGACUUCACGCAUGCCAUCACGGGCUUGCCGGUGAUUAUUGAAGGAGAGUUGGCGAUUAAGGCUUUUGAAUUUACGAAUACGUUGUUGCCGAUGACGGGUUUGUCGCUGGCUGCUGUGGUGAGGUUGAAGGCUGUGGAGAGGAAACGCUUCUUUGACAUUUAUCUGCCUUGGGCGUUGAGGAAUGGGCUGAAGGCGGAGGAGGUCGUAAAUGUCUACUGGGAAGAGGAAUUGGAAACAGAUGUGGGGGUGCUGAGGAAUAGAUUGGGGAUCGAGAUGCCGCCAGAUUUGAGGGAGAUGAGGAAGGCGUUAAGGGAGGAGAGGAAGCGGGAGAGGAUGGAGAGGGAGAAACUUGGUGCAAUCAAAGAGGCUUGAGAGAGCACUGGAUCCUUCUCAUGCUGAUUGAAGCGAGGGAAACGCUGGACAAGUGAUCAGCGUUCAAAGUCAGAGCAUUGAAGCAUUCAACGAGAUCGAGCGAUGCAGGAAGCCUCUGGAUACCGAAGGACUACAUGUGAUAAAGCUGCUGUGCUCAAAAUACUACCAGUUCGAAGUCUUUUGGGCCUCACUGUCACGCUUUUCCGCGACUGUCAAACGGAGAGAUAAUGCACCCCUCAUUUGGAGCCAUCUUCAGUUCCUGCGUUUCGAGUGCUGCAAGAUCACAGCUCGGCUGAUUACUUCAGAAUGCAGGAUCAGAUGGCUCACCACGGAGACACCAUGCUGAAUUCAGCGAGCGCGCUUUGCUUUGAGUACGACGAGGGUUGUAUGGUGCUAUCGACUAGACAUCUGGCAACGCAUGAUGAGGCAGGGAGAAAGAGGCACGCGGAGCUCAAAGCAUUGCUGAUACUUACCUUCCUCGCGUAGACGCUUUUUUGCCUCAUCGGCAUUUGCUUCCACCGUCCCCUCUCAAAAGCAACUCAGAUGACAUUCUUACCACAACAAUAUUACUCGCAAGAUUCAUCUAGCAAGUACCUCAGGCCUUGGUCUCCAUGAUCUUGUCCUCGCCUUGGGCUUCCAAUUCAUGAUGCACUGCGCCACCUUUCUCCUCCUCACUCGGGACUCCUCCAUCACUUCCCGCUUCAACAUCCUUACGUGGCAACGUUCCCUUCAUUCCAAUCUCCGCUGAGCCAAGCUUAUCAGCAGGAUCCCUAUAAGAUGGUACAAAGUUCACCGCAAAUGGAUAUGCCCAAGCAAGCAAGAAGAACGCUAGCGCAACAGACAUCGCGCGUGCAGUCCCGACUUGAUCUGCGGCUGCGCCUAGUGCUGGAGGUACCACAGCUCCACCACAGACUCCUCCCACGAUCCAGCCGGACCCACGCUUGCUAUGACGGCCAAGACCGCGCAUGCCGAGGGCUACGAUGGUGGGGAAGCAUAUGGACUCGAAGAAUAGGACAAUAUAGAGCAUUGCAAUCCCCGCGUUUCCAUGUUUUAGCCCGAUUGCUGGCGAGACGAAAACGAUACAGCUGUGGGAUUUGACCAGCCAAGAAAAUCCAUCUUGGUUUGAAGUAUUUCAUCAAUGCCACGCCGACGAAACGUCCCAGAGUAAAAGUCCCUUGCGCACCUGCAAGAAGUCUCGACGCUGCGACAUCGGAUCUCCCCGCUUCGUGGGCGUAAUUGAUGAAAUACGAGGCGAUGCCGACUUGUGCGCCCACGUAGCAGAAUUGUGUGAAAGCCGCGUGGAAGAGUCGGUGCUGUUUCCAGAAAGAUUGUUCAUUGUCGCCAGCGUGAGUUUCCUCGACUUGGUAAGCCAUGUCCGCAUCUGUGAUUUCUGGAAUCGGGGAGAAAUAAAACACCACCGACAGUCCAAACACAAAACACGCAAUGGCGAGAUACACCCAUUGCACCGUCUUCAACGAAUCCGUAUUAUCAUCCACCUUCUUAAAAAAGACAUACGACCCCAACACCGGCGCCACCACAGUCCCCACCCCAUUAAACGCCUGAGAAAAAUUGAUCCGAAUCUCCGCAUACCUCGGCGGUCCACAGACGGUAAUAUACGGAUUCGCAGCCGUCUCGAGCGAGCCCAAACCAUUUCCAAUGAUGAAAAUUGCCGCGCAAAACCCUCCAAACGACUUGUGCAGAAUGCACGGCCACGCCACGAGGGCUCCAAUGCCGUACAAACACAAUCCCCAAAUGAAGACGACUUUGUAGCCGUAGUGGCGUAGCAGCCAGUUGGCGUGGCCCAGAGAUGCGAGUGGGUAGGCGCCGAAGUAGGCGGCUUGCAAGCCGGAGGAUCGCGCGCGAGUGAUUCCGAGGGUGUUUUGGAAGUGUUUGUUGAGGGUGUCGAGGAGGCCGUAGGAGAAGCCCCAGAGGAAGAAGAGGAUUGUUACUAGGCAGA